UCAAAAAGCCUAGGUUCGCGGCGGCCGUAGGCAGCCGCGCGAAGAGGAGGGGAAACUGUCGGGAAAAUAGUUUCUCUUCUCGGGUGAAGAGACAGAGCCGAAGGCCGUAGAAGACCACGGAGCUUAUAAAGAUAAUGGAUAGUUGUUUCCAUAAACUCAACCCAUUCAAGAAGUAACUUUGAACUUCUUGCCUCGGGCGGUGCGGCAGCUUCUGAGAGCGCCUGCGCGGUUGCCAGGAAACCGCGACGCCGUGGUCGGUUCCCAGUCUCUUGGCCUUGCUAGAGAUCAUGGCCAAAUUCGUGAUCGCGGGGAAAGCAAACUGCCCAUAUUAUGCUAAGGCAGAACUCCUGGCAGACUACUUACAGAAGAAUCUUCCUGAUUUUCGGAUUUUUAAAAUCACACAGCAUCCUGAUGUGUGGGAGGAGUGGCUGGAAGAGAUUUGUGAGGAGAACAAGUGGGAUCACAGUACCUCCCCCAUCAUCUGGAGAGAGCUGCUGGACCGUGGAGGCAAGGGCUUGCUUUUGGGAGGGUACAAUGAGUUCCUGGAGCAUGCCCAGCUUUACUAUGGUGUCACUUCCAGCAUGACAACCGACCUUAUGAUGGUCAUUGCUAAAGAGAACCUGCAGACACAUAUAGAAGAAGAGCUGGAGAAAGAAACUUUGAAAGAUCUCAUCAGCCCCCUGCAGGUCUGGAUUGCCAGUGCAGGUGCUCAUGUGUGCUACCACAUAAUUCCCCUCUUGGCAAGUGGAGAAGUGUUUGGGAUGGACACGAAGAUCAGCCUGACCCUGUUUGACCGGGAGCAGAUGGAAGACUGCUUGCAAACCCUAGCGAUGGAAAUCGAGGACUUGGCGUCGCCUGUCCUCCACAGUGUCUCCCUGUGCACUAACACAGAGGAGGCCUUCUAUCAGGCCCAGGUCAUCAUCAUCCUGGAUGACAGCACAAGCGAGGAGGUGUACACCCUGGAGAGCUGCAUGAGAAGCAGGGUGCCCCUGUGCCGCCUCUACGCUUACCUGAUGGAGAAAAAUGCUCACGAGUCUGUCAAGGUCAUCGUGGGAGGGAAAGUCUUUGUAAACCUUAAAACGGCCUUGCUUAUGCAGUUCGCCCCUCACAUUGCAGGCAACAUCAUUGCCGUGGCGCUGGGGGUAGAAGGACAAGCCAAGGCCAAGGUGGCCCGGAAGAUGAGAACAACCUCAGCCAACAUCAAAGAUGUGAUAAUUUGGGGCAAUAUCAGUGGAAAUAACUACGUUGAUCUAAGGAAAGCAAAAGUUUACAACUAUGAGAGCGCCAUUAAGGGACCUCCUGGAUACUAUCACUCUGUGUUAGGCAUGAUUUUUGACAGUGAAUGGAUAAGAAAAGACUUUGUGAUGAUGCUUCAAGAAUUGAGCAACACUGGAAAGGAAUUUGGAGGGAUUUUGGGUGCACACAGCAUAGCCACCACACUGAAGUACUGGUAUCAAGGCUCACCACCUGGAGAGAUUGUUUCCUUGGGGAUAAUGAGUGAAGGCCAGUUUGGUAUUCCCGAAGGGCUCGUCUUUUCCAUGCCUGUGAAAUUUGAGAACGGAACUUGGGUGGUUCUUACAGACCUUGAGGACAUUUCACUGACUCCGCAGAUAAUAAACAGGCUCGCAGACGAUCUGGUUCAGGAGAAACUUGUUGCACUUGGAGACAUAUUAUCUUUUCAGCCAAUUCAAGAAGAAAGUAAAGAUAGCACACAGUCCAGUAUAGGCCAGGAUGAAGAGAAAGAGCAAGCUGUGUCAGACGACUCUGAGGGAAAAUUUGAGAAUCACCAAUAGCUCCAGCCAGAUCAAAUAUGAAGGAAUUGAAAUUGUAAGAAGUAAAGACCCCUGAGUGUCCGCAUUUAGAGAGGAGCAACUGAAACAACAAUUAACAGCCCCAAAGUCCCAAUGUCAUCACUGUACUGCCGGCAUCGAAUCCCGUUUUUGUUGAUUAUUGCAUGUCCUCCAAAACAAGUGGAUGCUCGUCGCUGUUUUAAAUAUCUUAA